CGCAGGCAGAUGGGACGCCGAGCUGGAGCAGCCGGACACGGACAGGUAACGGUGAACCGCGUUCCCGGGGUCGGGAAGCGCCGCAACCGCGUGGCGAAAGCGCCCGUUCGGCGGUGCGCUGGUGUGCGGCGCCGUGCGUGUUUGGGAAAGCCUCCCGUGUGUUUCGGAAAGCCUCCCGUGUGUUUGGGAAAGCCUCUGGCGCUGGGACGCGCGUCCCGCUCCCUCUGAGGGAGCGUGUGUCGGGAGCGGCCGCCAGGCGGCGCCGCCGCGCGGGGAGCGCGCCGUGGCUCCGCCCGGCCCGUGGGGCCGCGCGCGGGGCCGGUGGCGCGGCCAUGGCGGAGCGGGACGGGGGCGGCGCGGGCAGCGCCCCGCGGGCCGCGGGCGGCGGGAAGAUGUCCCUGCACAGAUGUGAAACCUGUAGCAAAGAAGAAGCUAAAUACAGAUGUCCACGAUGCAUGAAAUAUUCGUGCAGUCUGUUGUGUGUAAAGAAACAUAAGCUUGCACUGAGCUGUAACGGAGUCAGGGAUAAAACAGCAUUUGUCUCUGUAAAUGAAUUUACUGACUUGAACCUUUUGAGUGAUUAUCGUUUCCUGGAAGAUGUAGGAAGGACAGCUGAUGCUGCUGCUCGACAUUGUAUUGUGCAUAGUCCAGCAACAAAAAGACUUUUACAGUGCUUGAGAAACAAAGCUCGAGGGUGUAAUAUUGAGCUGAAAACACUGCCUGUGGGAUUUACAAAAAGAAGAGAAAAUUCAACCACGUUCAAUUCCAUGGAGAACAAGUUCUACUGGCAUUUGAAGCUCGUAUUUCCUCACUGUCAUGCUGAGUACACUUUAAAACGGGUGCCUGAUGAUAAAACACUCACUGAUAUCCUUAAGCCGUACAUUGAUCCAGUGGAGUCGGAUCCUGUAGUUUGUCAAAGAUUAAAAAUCUAUACAGCAUCUCCUCAGUCAGAUGUACAAAUUUUAAUGAAAAUAGAAAACAGGAGCCGAAACUCUGUCAGGUACAAUGAACUGGAUGCCAGUAGAAGCCUCUUAGACAAUUUGAAAGGCAAAGUAAUAAUUGAGUAUCCAACAUUAUUUGUGGUCUUGAAAACACUGAAGAAUGACAUGGUGGUUCUUGGCAAAGAUGGCAGUGAACCUGUAGAGAACUCGGACAGUGAAAGUUCAUCUGUUUCAUCUGUGGAGGAAGGGGAAAUUCGGGACAGUUCAUGACGGUGCUUUGAGAGGAGAGGGUGGAAUGAGCUUUUUGGGUUUUUAAUUAUUUAAUUAAAUGAUUUUUUUAUACAACUGAAUUCCUAGAGGUUUGGUUUAACUUUCUUCGCUAAAGUGCCUGCCUAUUUUUGGAUUUAGUAAUGCAUAUUUAGGGAUGUAAAUAAAGAGAUGGGGAACUGCUGAAAAAAAAUCAUAUUCUUAUUUAAUUGCAGCCUUCAAUUGCACCAUUGUUUUUCAUUUUUUUCAUUUUCCUCUAUCAAGCUCAGUGUCUGACUUCCAGGUUUAAAUAUCUGACCACGUAUUUGUAUUUUAUGUGGAUUUGGGUCUUAAUGCUUGAACUUACUGAAGAAAAAUGAAAUCUAAUUCUAAUGAAAUUGAUGUUUCAUUAGACAUAGACCCUGAAAAGGGUCUUUUGUUACUUUUGACUUUAGUCUUUUAUGGUGACAUUUCGGGUGCUUUGGUGCAAUACUUUUUUUGUCUUACUUAGUUGCAUUCUUGUUUAAUAUGUUAAUGGACAGGUGUUUUCAGGGUGGCUUGUUGCUGUAUGUUUAUUCUUCUACCCGGAUCUUCUACAUUAGCGUGGGGUUUAAAAUCAACAGAAUUGGAUGCAGAGAGUGGCACUGAUGCAAAUAUACUGCACUUCUAAAGAAUGUUUGUGUUCUGCAUCUCAUGUUCCUAGUAUACCUACUGAAGUUAGGUAUUGUAAAUACUUACUGACAUAUCAACUCCAUUUAUCUACUUUAAAACAAAUAAAUUGUAAAGGAAAAAAAAAUCCUGUACUUUAUCAUCUGCUGACAAUAGAAGUUUGUGGUUAACUUCUGGGAAGAUUUCUAGAUCACAGACCACGUAUCCCUGCAUCCAAGUCCCCCCUGCCUGUGGGGUCUGUUGCAAGUGAUGCAGGACAAGUGAGCCCCCGUACCCACUUGCACCAGGGCAUUGUCAUGACUCAGCAUCAGUGUUGGAGUUAGUGUGCAAGGGUCUAGCCAGGUCAGUGUAAAGUCUUCAGGAUACGAUCCCUCUCUGAACAGCUCUAUGAGGUUGUUGCUGCCUGUAUUAUUACUCCAGUCUCUGUCUCCUGCUUGAGACUGGCACCAUCUGUGACAAAAGUUGGUGUCCUGGGUGCAUGUUCAAUUGCCAUGAAGAUGAUAUUUCAGUUGUAAGCGUUCUUCCUGCCAGUGCUGACAUAGUAGGUAGAAAUACAGCAGAAAGUAGCGAAGGAACUUGUGGAGGUAACAGGAGGCUGUGGGAGCAAUACAGGGGAGGGCUGAGGCUUCCAGGCUCUGUCUAGGCUUCAGGGCCCAGGAUGCUAGGUCCUCACCAGUCAUGCUGCUGCAUGGAGAGGAUUUCGGGAAUGUUCAAAGUUUUAGAAAUUUGGGGGUUUUUCCUUUUGUUCACCAUGACAUCUCACCAUGACAUCUCACUACUAAGUUUGGACAGACUGUCAGACCUUUGCAGUCACAUACUACUUUCUCUCUCAGUGGUGUCACGUGUCCUUUCCUUGUGUGUUUUGCAAACCCUGGUAAAACAGGGAAGUUUUUCUUCUUGCCUGGCAGUAGCCACCUGUGCUCUGUUUUCCUUUUUACUCAUUGUUGGUCCUCUGCCCACCUCUUGUUUCAAUGUUUGUUUUUUUAACCCUUUAUAAAGGACUAGAAUUCCUAGCUAUAGGUGCUGCUUUCAUAUUUUUUCAGUUGAGUGAAAGUGAAUAAGCUUUUCCUAAUCAGUGAUUGCUGCACACUGACUUGGUAGCCACGAAUUACUUUAAACCAGUCUUGAACUCAUUCAUAGUAAUACCAAUAAAAGAGCAGAACAGCGAAACUGCCACAGUUCAUUUGCUAGAAAAUGUUUCAUCUGGAGUAAAGGCAUGGCAUUUCUGCUGGAUUCAUAGCACAGUAAGGAGAGUGCUGCAAAUGUUAGUGUUGAUCUGCAUGUGCGUGUGAUUAGUCUUUGGCUGAGGAACGCAGAUUUGUAAUUCCCAUUACUUUCCUGUGCUCUUGGGGGUUUUCAUGAAUUGUACGAAAGGGUUUUGCCUCUGGGGUUUUUUUCUUAUAUAAAUCUAGUUUAAGCUUCCUUAUGAGUCAAAACACAGUUUAAUUCAUUUUUAAAUGAAGAUGUUGUUAAAUCUAUCCUUCAGAUUUAGCUCCUUCUCUACCUUAAAGAAGGCUUUAAAAAUGAUUAAGGAACAUUCCUGUGGUGGUUACUAGAACUGAAACUUCCCAGACAGAGCUAAGAAUCAUCUUUCAGAGUUCAAUCAAAUCGAGAGCCUUAGUAACAUUUGCCAUUCAUUCCUAGGUUACUACUUACCUAUUUUUACAGUUACACUAGUUUGAACAGUGAUGAUUCAUCAAAUACAAACCCAGAUGCAAUUCAAAUAUUUUAUUCAGUUUUCCUAAGCUUUUUCAAUUUUUCUUUAUAAUGAGGAAUCAAAAAACACAGCAACAGCACUGUUGUAGGAACUUCAACAGUGGUUAGUUCAUAAUAAUAAUAAUGUUACUGAUUAAAUCAAGGUUUUUGCACCCUUUGGCUAGGCAGAUGUUUUUUAACACUUUCAUAGGCAUUUAGGAAAGUUUUUAAUUUCUUUCUGAGUGACUUAACAUGGAACAAGCACCUUGUAAUAAGCUGAAGAGAGAAAAAGCAUCUUCUGUAUUUUUAAAUUUCUGGUCAAGCACUAGAAAUUUAAUGCAUGGAGCCAAGGCUGUCUGGAAGACUUCAGUUCUGUCCGUUUUGAAAACAUACUAUUGUAAUCAAAGAAGGAUCCCUACAGGACUCUGCCUUGAUUCAGAACAGAUCAUGUCUGUGAAUGAAAACUGUGUGAUGUUGUUUUAAUCUGCAUCAUUCAACACCAGCUUGCGUUGAGUGUUUGAUUUUAUGCCUACUAUGCUUACUCAUUUAUUUUCCUCUGUAAAGUACUUGUCACAGAAGGAACAAGCUGUUUGUGUGUAGGUUGUUACAGCAUUUCUUUUAAUGUUUAGACUUUUCAAGUUUCAAACUCUGAACCCAGCAUGCUUGAGCUGAAGGACCAUCAGCUUCCAAAGAGUAAAGGCUCUUGUCUUGAAUGAACACACUACUUAAAAAAAUCAAAAGCUUAAUGAAGUCAUCCCUUUCACAAACCUUAAAGGACAAAAAUAGAGCAUAGCUAAGCACACAGCAAUAGCUGGGAGGUAGGACUGAGUCAGCCAUAGGAGGGAACUUGGUUGUUUUCCUUUUUUGUAUAACUUCCUGGGGUAUGAGGCAUAAGUUAUUGAGUUGUCAUGGAUAAACAACGUUCUACCCCCUGUCAGUGUAACAGCAAAGUUUUGAAUGAAUGCAUCUGAAUUCUAAGUUUUACUGCAUUUAUCUUGGCAUUAGGAAUUGUUGAUCCAUAGAGGAAAAGAGGGCCAUGCCACCGAAUGUGUGGCUGGCAGCAGUCCUUAGAGGCAGGCAGGACCAGCUUUUGUUACUCCAGUCAACAGUGCAGUUUUUCUCUGCAUUAGGGGUAAAACUGUUUACAGUGCAGAACAUGCACUGUAUUCUAAAACAGUACAUAGAUUUCUAAGUUCAUGGUAGUGCUGAUAGCAAGUCCCAGCUAUGUGUUGUAUCAUCAGUCUUUGCCCUCCAGAUAUGGCUGUUCUCUAUUGACAUCUAUAGGAGCUGAGAAUGUAUAAUACUGUGCAAUAGGAGACUUUCCAGGGGUAAAUAUACAGCUGUGAUGAAGUAAGUUCAGGCCCUAUUUGGUCACAGACUUUUCAUUCUGCUUUCUUAAGUCCCACGCUCUUUUCCUGAAAACAUUUAUUCUUCCUCUCUCCGAAGGAAAAAAUAUCUUGAAUUUGUGUUUAUGUCGUUGCUAUGACAUUCAGUUAAACUGUAUGCAGAUGCAGGUUCUGUUAAUAAGAGGAAAAAAAACUGUACUGUGUACUUCAGUGAACAAAGAUUACCCUGUGUUUGUGUUAAAAUGUUGCUAUGGCAGUGCAUAUGGUUUUAUUUGCUGGGAGUCUGUGGUGAAAUGGAAAGAGGUCACAUGUAUGCAAGACAAGAAAUGGCAGCAAAAACAACUCAAAAUAAAUACUGAAACUGAAAGGGAAAUUGCAGAUGACAUGUAAAAGCAGGAAAAAACAGGGACCGUUGUUUUGCUGUCUGUCUGUCUGUUAUUUGAUAAUAGAAAUAUCUUCCCACUGUGCCCCAGUGGGUCUCAGUGACCCAUGGUACAGUGACUUAGCUCUAAUGAUGCUUUUAUUGUGAGAACUUCUUUCCCUCAAUGGCCCUGUGCAUUGUAGCUUUUCUGUUGUUGCUUUGGAAGCAAAGUUACCCUGGCUUGUCCUGAUUUCACCACUGCUAACUUCUCCUGAGAAAAGCACUUCAAGGCUAUCUUAAUAUAGUAGGCUUUUUGACAGGGGAAAUCAAGAGUGAUAAAAUAGGGGAAGCCACUAGAGCCUUGCCUACCUUUGGGGCAAGGAGAAGUCUUUGUGAACUAGUGAUAGAAACAGUGGAUUUAAUUUAUGGGUUUUUUAACUGGCACAGGAGUCCUUGUAUUUAUCUAAUCCAUUUGCAUGCGGCUUUUUGCAUCAGCUGCAUCAGUACAGCUGUUCGUGUGGUUGCAUGACAAAUCAGAACGAGUUUAAAAUAAUCUGCCAAAGAAGGAGGGAUAAAAAUGAGAAGGGAGAGAGGGAGUCUUUUAGAGAAUAAAUGACCACACUGGGAGCUGGCUAGUUCCUGCAUCGUUCCAGCUGGUGGAAAAGCAAAAGUGUUUUUAAAAUCACAUUGCCACUUUCUUCCGAUCAUCCUUGUUCUGCCUCAACAAGGAGGAAGAAACAACUAUGAAAGCUGCUGUUGCCUUUCCACUCCUUGCUUCCAGGUUCUCUACUGGAACUGUAUUGUAGCUCCAGAAUUUGUCUGUUUUGCCAAGAGUUCCAAUAGGGAGUAGAACUGUGCUCAAGUGAGGUAAAAAUUAAGUUGAGGUAUAGAUAUUAAUGAAAAAGAAUGGACUUGCCAAGAAGUCCCCGUCACUUCCACUCAGCCAGGAGGGCCAACUGUGUCCCAGGGGACAUCAGGCACAGCAUCCCCAGCUGGUCAAGGGAAGUGAUUGUCCUGCUCUGCUCUGCACUGGAGCGGCCUCACCUUAAGUCCUGUGUGCAGUUUUGGGCACCACAAUUUAAAAAAGACAUUAAGCUAUUAGAGAGCAUCCAAAGGAGGGCCACAGGGAUGGGGAAGGUUUUGGAGGGGAAGCCAUAUCAAGUGUGGCUGAGGUCAUUUGGUCUGUGCAGCCUGGAGAAGAGGAAACAGGGGAGAUCUCAUUGCGGUCUCCAUCAUCCUCAAAAGGUAAAGCAGAGGGGCAGGCACUGAUCUCUUCACUCUCAUGACCUGAGACAGGACUCAAGGAAACUGCAUGGUGCUGUGUCAGGGGAGGGUUAGGUUGGAUAUUAGGAAAAGGAUUUUUCACCCAGAGGGUGGUUGAGUACUGGAACAGUCUCCCCAGGGAAGUGGUCACAGCACCAAGCCUGUCUGGGGUUUAAGAAGUGUUUGGACAUUACUCUCAGGCACAUGGUGUGAUUUUUAGGGUGUCCUGCACAGGGCAGGAGUUGAAUUCAAUGGUCCUGAUGGGUCCCUUCCAACUCAGCAUAUUCUAUGAUUCUGUGAUCUAAAGUUUGAGUGAUAUCUCUUUGUUGACCUUUUUUCCGAGCCUCUAUUUUCAGCUGUGCUUGGGCGUUCAUAUUGGUUUUAGUGGGAAUAUUCCACUACAGCACAAGUAUCUACUUCUGUAGAGAAAAAUAUAUUUUCCUCUUUCAAGUUCUUGUUAAUAAACUUGCUGAUUUUACAGCCA